AUGACUGACCGCAAAAAACUUGUGCAUUCACACAUCCACUGGCGCAAUCAGAAGCGGAAAGCGUGGCAGCGUGAAUUAAUAUCCAAAGUGGUAGACCUCAUCAAUGCUGGGGAUCACGAUUCGCUAGCACUUAUAGCCCGAACAACAGGUAUACCGCCUCAACUACGAAAAAAUGUGUGGCCGAUAUUGUUAAAAUACCACCCAAUGGUAAUCUCCCCCAAUAUGAUGUCAAAUACAUUAGUUUGGGAUUCGCAGAAUCAAAAGUGGCGCUAUCAUCCGGAAACAAAGACGAACGAAGAGGUUGAGCAACUCAUUCUGCAUGAUUUAAGUAAAUAUUUUCAUCGAAGAAGCUCAGGUGGGAACCUGCCCAACGGAGUGCAAACCUCCCAUGAGCCACCUUCACACAUCACUUCCCAGGAACAUAGAAUCAUCACACUUCUCAAGGACUGCAUCUUCAAGUUUCUGCGAAAGUGGGGGCAAUUUUUCAAGUACGAAAGUGGGCUUUCGUGGAUUGCGCUUGGUCUAGCCGAAUGGGUCCCUAUCGAUGGUGACGACAGCGUCUUACCAGGGAAAAGACAUGGACCCCCGGUAAAAUUGUUUGAGGAGUAUUAUCUACCCCAGGAUAUUAAGUCGAAUCUUCCGAAAAAUGCGCAAUUCACCUUCGGAGAGAUAUAUGAAAGGCUGCUUCUCGUCAUAUUGCAUUCACCCGACAUCCCAAAGGCGGAAAAGCUAGCCAAAACAGAAUCCGAGGGAAGGUCCGUUAUACAGUAUUAUCCAGUUCUUUCCGGGGGGGAUAUUGCGUUUCAGUGCCAAAUGUUCUUCAAAGUAUUUUCUGUCAUCUUACCCGAGCUUUAUCAACCUGUAAGUGACGAAGAAACAUUGCGGCCCUCAAAAAAGACAAAUUGGAUGUAUUGGUGGUUCAAAUGUUCGGGGGCCCGUGUACUUCAUAAACAAGAUAGAGGUCGAAUAUGGGACGUGCUGUUGGGCUGGAGACCACAUCCGAGAUCUUUGAACUUCUACCUCAAUUACAACAAUAAAAUUUUCGACCAUCUCUAUUCAAGCAGAAGCUCUUCUCACAUGGACACUGAGUUUUUUCAAAAGAUUUGUAAAUACGGACACGAUGCUUUUUGGUUUCCCGACCUUGAAACACUGAAGCUGGGGUCUCAGGAGCUGAGAUGUGACAUUCAGGUACUAACAGAGCUUGUGAAGCGAAACAAAUACGGCUUAUCCGACGAUGAAUUAGAAAUCGACUUUCAAAAAAAUGGAGAAGAAGUCGGCUCCGUCACCAAGAAGGGAGUUGAUAUCCCCUUCUCAUUACUGGAUGCACAUGUGCAACUUGUCUUUAUCUACAUGGCUAUUUUACAACAGCAUGAAUUCAAGCUACUAGAGUUUGAAGAAGCCGAAAUUUCAGAGUUUUUCAAUAACGUGCCUUCACUAUCCCGAUCGGAUGACCACAACUAUCGAAACCUUUACGAAAAUGAAAUGGAAUCUCGAUCGAUUAGCUCUAGCGAGACUGAGACAGAUGAACUUUCGAGGAGGCCAACUUCCUCUUCUUUGGCCAAUCACAUGCUGAUAGAGGUCGGUGAUGACGAUAAAACUUCUAAUUCGUUUGAUGAACUGUACAGCAAGGCAGGGGACAUAUGGAGGAAAUGGAUUUGGAAAGAAUUGGAAGAUACUGCAAAUGUUUAG